AUAAACAAAUUUAUUUUGUUCAGCCGAUUUCCGUGUGCGAUUUAUUUUCUAUGGAAAUUUAGCCUCUGGAUGUGAAAUUUUGCUAGAUUUAUCAACGGUUACUACAUAGAACGCACAACAUGGCAGAUGUGCGUGAUAUUUUGGAUAUGGAGCGGGCGAAUACGCCUGAAGUGACCCGUGAAUCAUUUCUCGUACAGAAGCGUAGGAAUUUUGAAAAAGCUAAAGGCGUUUCGAAACGGCCGGAGGGUAUGCACCGUGAGGUAUUCGCUCUGCUGUAUAAUGACAACAAAGAUGCGCCUCCGCUUUUGCCAACGGAUACAGCUCUUGGUAUUGGCGCCGGCUAUAAGCAGGCCAAGGCACGCUUGGGUAUGAAAAAGGUGCGGAAAUGGGAGUGGGCACCCUUCAAUAAUCCAGCACGCACAGAUGGCGCCGUAUUUCAUCACUGGCGUCGUACUACAGACGAUCAAAAAGACUACCCGUUUGCAAAGUUCAAUAAACAAUUACAAAUACCCAGUUAUACAAUGACUGAGUACAAUACACAUUUGCGUACAAAUGUACAAAAGUGGAAUAAAGCACAAACGGAUCACUUAUUCGAUUUAGCUAAACGUUUUGACCUUCGUUUCAUCGUCAUGGCAGAUCGUUGGGAUCGUGCUCAACAUGGGGUCAAAUCUGUCGAAGAUCUUAAAGAGCGUUACUAUGAAGUAGUCGGUCUAUUAGCCAAAGCUAAAGGUCCAAAUAUUGAGAAAAAAUCUUUCGCUUUCGAUGCAGAGCAUGAACGUAAACGUAAGGAUCAACUUAAGAAACUAUUUGAGCGUACUACGCAACAAGUUGAAGAAGAACAGAUGCUUUUGAAUGAACUUAAAAAGAUUGAGGCUCGCAAGAAGGAACGUGAACGUAAAACACAGGAUUUACAAAAACUUAUUUCACAAGCGGAUCAGCAAAGUGAUGCUGCCACUAAUGUGCCGAGUGCACGCAAAUAUGAAAAGAAGCUCGUUAAGAAAAAGUUGCAUCAUCAACCGCGUCCCUCGAAAGUAGAUUCUGUUGUAAAUGCUAUUGAGAUUGGUGGCAGCGGCAUUAAAUUUUCAGAUUUACGUGGAUCUGGUGUUUCUUUACGCUCACAGAAAAUGAAACUGCCAGCUAAUAUUGGUCAGCGUAAAGUAAAGGCACUGGAGCAAGCAAUACAGGAAUUUAAAGUUGAUCCUUCUCCACCGCCAACUGAAGAAAUUUGCAAUGCUUUCAACGAAUUACGCUCGGAUAUGGUUCUGCUGUGCGAGUUGAGAACUGCUUUGUCUACGUGUGUUUAUGAGUUGGAGAGCUUAAAACAUCAAUAUGAGGCUGCAUGCCCGGGAAAGACACUAAAUAUUCCACCAUCUCUAAUACCAGCUGAGCCCAUAAAGCAAGAGUUGAUCGAACCCAGCACAUCAAGCGCAAACGCAAAUACAUAAAGCGAUUGAUUUUAU